CCUUUCACCUUCCCCUCCCGUCCCCUUCUCUUCUCCUCCUUCCGACCAAGAAUGGAAGCGCACCGGCCCGCUUGCACGGCGAUGGCGCCCCGACGCGGCCGCCUGCUGCCUUCUCUCCUCUCCCCUCUGAAUCCCAUCUCCCUCUGACCUCUCCGCGGCUCCAUCUCACGCGGGCUCCCUCCGCCGCCAACGAGUCCGUCGCGGCCAGGCCCGACGAGGUGGCGCACGGCUGCUCCAAGAGGAGAGAAAGCAAGGACCCCCAUGUGAGUUGCACAACCUUUCUCUCCGAUCGGAAAUCUCUCCGCCGCCACCGCUGCGCCCGGAGGUAACCUAACCAUGCUCCGCCUGCGAAGCUGCAUCCUCUCCCGCAUCGUCUCUUCUCCCGCCACCUCUCUCCACCGCCUCCUCUCCGCCGCCGCGCCCACCGUUCCCCCAAGCCCCGGCUUCGCCGUCGAGGACUACCUGGUCGAAACCUGCGGCCUCACCCGACCCCAAGCCCUCAAGGCCUCCGCGAAGCUCUCCCACCUCAAGUCCCCCGCCAAGCCUGACACCGUCCUCGCCUUCUUGGCCGGCCUCGGCCUCUCCAGCGCCGACGUCGCCGCCGCCGUCGUCAACGACCCGAGGUUGCUCUGCGCCUCCGUGAAGAAAACCCUGGGCCCUAACGUCGUUGGACUCACCGGCCUCGGUCUGUCCAAUUCUCAGAUCGCCCGCCUGGCGUCUUUGUCCGGUGGCAAAUUUCGUUCUAGAUCCAUCGUCCCCAGGCUGCAGUACUAUCUGCCCCUCUUCGGCUCCUGCGAGAACUUCCUCCGGCGGUUCAACCGCAGGUCCUACGUUCUGGAUGUCAGCAUGGAGAGGGUGGUGAAGCCCAAUGUAGCCUUCCUGCGGGAGUGUGGGCUAGGUAGUUGUGAUCUUGCCAAACUGUUUACCCGUGACACGACGAUGCUCACCUCCAACCCGGAGCGCGUCCGGGCGAAGGUGGCAUGUGCUGAAGGUCUACUACAUGUGCCCCGUGGCUCUGGGAUGUUCCGGCACGCGCUUCUGUCUAUCUCGUUCCGCAGCAAGGAGACGAUUGCCGCCAGAGUCGAGUACUUGAUGAAAAUAUUCGGGUGGUCAGAUGGUGAAGCCAGCAUUGCUUUGUCUAGGGCUCCGCAAUUGCUGGGGCGUUCCAUGGAAAUGCUGCAGCGCACAUGUGAGUUCCUGAUAUCUGAGGUCGGGUUGGAACCAUCAUACAUUGCUCAACGGCCAGUAAUGAUCAAUUACAACCUGGAGGGUCGGCUCAGACCCCGGUACUACGUUUUAAAGUUUCUGAAGGCAAAUGGAUUACUAGAUCACAAUAGGGAUUACUUUAGUGCACUCGUGGUCACCGAGAAGGAAUUCGCGGAGAAGUACCUAUGCCCUAACAAGGAAGCUGCGCCACACCUUGCUGAAGACUACGCGGCUGCUUGCAGAGGGGAAGUUCCGAAUAACUUCAGAUUUACAUGAACCAAGAAUGGGCUAUGAAAAUUGGUAACUGAGAUGGCACAACAGAAUUUUCACUGUCCCUAAUAAGCUGUUAAUUCUUGUUUCAGUGUCCUUUCCCAAAUUGGAUGUUGGUUGUCUGCUAUGGUCGGAAUUCAUAGACCAAGAGGUAGAGGAAGGAUCUAGAGCUUGCUCUUUGGCCCUGCAGCAAUGCACAAGGCAGAGGAAUGUGCUCAAACAAGUGUUCUAGUUGAUGAAGGAGGGGAGAGCAACACCCAGCAAUCUGCAGUUCAUAAUUAAGUGAAGUGUGGAGGUGUGAAGAUUCUUCUCUGGAAUGGUCGUUGUGUAAAGUGUUGAUGUCCGAUGGUUAGGCUACAAAGCUUGCACUUUUUUAUGCUUUUGUUUGGCCUAAGAACUUGCUGUAAUGAUCCAUUUGGAUGAGAAACCUGAUGCUUUUCUGAUGUUAUGCCAGUUAUGAAACUCGUGCUUCAGUUCAUGUCAAUUUUAUGGUCUGUGUCACUGAAA